AUGGGUGCUAAAGUUCCUCGAAAUUUCCGGCUCCUAGAAGAGCUGGAGAAAGGCGAGAAAGGCCUUGGUGCUGAGGCAUGCUCAUAUGGUCUGGCAGAUGGCGAUGACCUGAUGAUGACGAAUUGGAAUGGUACCAUCCUCGGACCGCCUCACAGCGCUCAUGAGAAUCGGAUCUACAGUGUCAACAUCCACUGUGGCGACAACUACCCUGACCUCCCACCUACAAUCCAGUUUGUGUCCAGAAUAAACUUACCCUGCGUUGAUCAAAAGACUGGAAAGGUUGAUCCCUCCAAACUACCGUGCCUGGCAAACUGGAAGCGAGAUUUUACCAUGGAGACCAUCCUCAUUGAGUUGCGAAGAUACAUGGCGCUUCCUCAGCAUAAGAAACUUCCACAACCUCAAGAAGGCCUGUCCUUGUACAAGGCCCUCCUGAAAGAAUGCACACGACUCCCCUUCGCAGGAGGGAGCAGCAAGACCAAUGGCAUCACUGAGACCCUCCAGGACCUCAUAAGAUAUCGAUUUCGGAAGGACCGCAAAGUCCAGUCUCCGACCCAAAUAGUACAUGGCAUUGAAGCAGGCCAUCGUUUUCUCGACCUCUUGCGCGCUUGUACCAUCCAGUCCGGCGAAGCCCUCGGACGACUCGGCGAGAUUCUCGAGGUGACAACAGCCCAAGCGGAGGACACAGCGGCGCAUCGCUCCAAACUUGCCACUCUCAAGAAGCCCCCGCGGCCCUCGCGACUCAAGUAUAUCGAGCACGUCAAACGAAUUCGGGAUCCAGCAAACCAUGUGUCAUACCCUACUCCGCGGAUCUUCGAGGAACCACGCCCUUUGUCCAAAAUCAAAUCUGGAGUUCGCAAGGUCCCAAACUUGAUUGUGACUCAGGGUAUUCCGGUGCUGAAAUAUCCAGGCCCGCAACCGGUGCUCUUGAAUCGUGUAAUAAAGUCGAAAAUUACAUGGGGGGUCAAGAUGUUCCAAAAACAUCUCGCGUUGGAACAAGCUGCGCACCUCGCCGAGUGCGAGGACGAAUGGGAUAUGAUUCUCCGAGAAGAGCAUGGAGUCUUGGAGCCCGGAGCUCACGAGGAGGACAACGAUGGAUCCAGUGAAUCGCUCGGUACGGGUGAGGGGGAAACUACUUGGGCCGCGACCAUACGCGCCGCCGACAUGGGAAUCGCGAAGAAAGUCAUGGCGCGCAACCGCCAGAACGCCGAGAUGGGCGCGAAGCUUUGGCAGGUUGUGCUCAGGGAGAGGGAAUUGAAAGAGCAGGAAAGGAGGGAAGCAAAAAGACAACGUCGCAACGAGAGAAGAAUUGCUGCCGUUGCCGAAUGGGCGGACAAUCUCUCGGACAGCUCUAAAGAAGCAGAAACACCGUCUUGA